AAAUGCAUAACCCUGUAAAGGAAUUCAGGAAGAUUGCUCCGGAAAACAAUAGCGUGUAAUGAAAUGCAUCGACUUACUCCUUACCUCAGUUUGUCUGCUUUUAGUGUUGAUCUGACGCCCAAAGAAAAGCUUGUCUUGGUUGCUGUGGGUUAACGUUGUCAUGUUGAGAAAAAGUGAUCAAGUGUGUUUCAGCAUCUUGAAUCCUUGAAAGUCCGAAUGUCCAAUGAAAAUCACGGGCCUCCACAUUUUGUGGGUUUCUUUUGUACAUCGUCCACAAAGCCACAGAAAGUCAUUUGUUUAGCCUUAGUGAAACAUUUUCAAGCACGUUUCAACACCUAUUAAGUCUCCGUAAUUAUGACUCAAAGCCUCGGCUUUCAAAUUUGCCUGAAUUCAGGAUAGGUCAACUUUGCUAGUUUUAUCUGUUUAAACUUGUGGAGUUGGAGGAAGUUUGGUUGAGUAACCUACAUUUUGAAAAAUAAGCAAGAAAACUCAUGUGUCCAAUGAAACGCCCGGAAGUCCAUGUUCUGUGCAUUUUCUGCAAUUAAAAAAAAAAAAUCCCUGUUUUCUUUUUCUCUUUUUAUUGGACAGUGACGGAAUGCAUCCGCAGAUGAACAUUUGCGGUGGUGAAAACGUUUUCAAGUUCAUUUCUGCAUAUUCGAGUAUUGAAAAUAACGUAGCGUCCGAUGAAAGGCUUGUACAUUAAUUUUUUUGGGGGGGGGCAUCUAAAAUUUAAAAAAUAAAUCCAGCUGUUUUUCUUUGGGCAGUGAUGAUACGCAUCUGUGGUAACCCUUUGGAGUUGGGGAAAAAAGUAGUGACUUUAAAUAAUGGCAAAUUAGUUCUCAAAAGCGUCGUGUCUCAUGAAAAGGAGUUUUUUGUCCCAAACUGACAGAAAAUAAGCAGGCCAUGUUUGUCUUUUCAUUUGACGGCGACAAUAAAGAUCCUCUGGCGUGGUGAAAAAAAAUGUUUCCGGUAUAAGCAUUUAAAAAAAUAAAUAAAGUUGAGUUUAAUCAUGGAAAAUCAGUAUUAUAUCCAUGGUGUCCUCAAUACUCGGCUACUUUCUUCAUGUUUAUAUUGUAAAUUGUGGCUGUAUCUCCAAAUUUUGCAAGAUUUUGUCCAUCAAGACAAAAUAUUGUAACUUAAUUGAUUAUAUUCCCACCCAAAUAUCUGUGUAUUGAAAUGCAACCAGAUUGACGUAGUCACAGUUCCUCAGGGCUCAGUGUUUAGCCAACUUUUUUUUUAAUGGACUUUGUCGUGUAGCCUAACCUUCUCACACGUUUCUCAGCGUCCCGUUAAAAAUCCACCACACCGAAAGUAUCUCUAUCAUAAUGUCAAAUAUUGCUACUUUUCCGUCCAGGCGCUGGAUGUUAUUGUCUCACGGCCUUGUUCGAAGCCACUAUUAAACCUCAAACCAGUUGAUGACCUCUUAAAUAGAACGUCUGCUUAUAAAACGCUUUCCCGUAUGUGUGUGUGGGAUAGAACACAGCACUUUUGUGUGUGUGUGUGUGUGUGUGUGUGUGUGCGCGCGCUCGCAUUAUGGAGACAACCACGGAUUACUCAUAUGGCUGCAAGAUGUGAAGCCUCUGCGGUGCAACUGGGCCGAGGAGAAAGUUUUCUGGUCGCGUGGGAGAAAAAGUGCGAGGGUCUCGGACACGGGAGCGAGUAGGGGAAAGUCGCAGGCGCUUGGAAUGCAUCUCGCCAUCAUUUUAUUGACGGUUUGACGCGCUGUACGACACGGAGGAACAACUGUAGUGAUUUUGCGGGCUGCCGCGCGUUUGUCUUUUGGUCGCUUCCGAGCAGCUCAGCGUUGCGGGGGGAGGACGGUGGGGAGCGCAAGUAGACAUUACUCCUGGCCCGUUCAACUUUUGAGGCUGAAUGGCGGUGACCACGAUCCCAUUGGAGCUUCAUGAAGCACGACACUAGGUGCUGAAGGUGACUUCCCCCCCUUUCACAAAAAUCAACAAGUACGGAUCUAAACCAGAAGUGAGACUGGACCGCCACCUGUUUUAGAACUUCUCCCGAGGAUCUACAACACGCUCCAUCGGGCUGCGACGCAUAACAGCACCAGCAGCAGUGGACCAGAGCGAGCGGAUGCCAUGUGGAGUUUAAGACCCUCCUAAAGCUCCCCCUCACCCCCUCUUUCCCCCCCUCCCAAAUAAAAAAAAAAAAGAAAGCUGAAUGUUUGGCCGCCAUGGACCUGCGUGGAGUUAUGCGGCCUUGCUGAGAAAGGAGAGCUUGGAUUUAGCCUGAGCUCCUGUUACUUUUUUUUUAACCCCCCCCCCCCCCCCCUCCCAUUCUUAUCGGAGCAGAAACCUCCGGGGCCUAACUGAGCCGCUUGAACAGAACUGAUGCCCAGGCAUGUUUUUAUAACCUGAUGACCAGCAGAGCGAUGGUGAGGAAGAAGAAUCCCCCUAUCCGCAGUGUGGGAGGUGAGGAGGAGGAGGAGGAAGAGGGGAGGAGGCCGGCGGGCGAGGAGGAGGAGGACGGCGAGGAAGACGAGGGGCGCCUGGGAGCCGAGGCCGACCGAAUAAGCCGCCCCUCCGAGCCCGAGGAGCGACUCCGGGGUGAUGAGGAGCCCGACGAGGAGGAAGAGGAGGAAGGAGAAAGUGAGUGCAUUUCCUCGUCUCUCUCGCCCUCAUCCGUCGGCAACGAGGAGCGAGGUGGGAGGAGGGGAGGAGGAGGAGGAGGCGGAGGCGGAGGUCGGCCGUCGCAAGGAGGACUCGCAGCGGCCGUGUCGCAACCCGAAGACAAAGUGGCCAAAGGCGAGCCCCGCGGUCCGGACGGCAGGGCGGAGUCGGCCCCGGACACGCCGCCGCUCUCCUCCAGCCCCUCCCCCAAGCUGCAGGACUUCAAGUGCAACGUGUGCGGUUACGGUUACUACGGCAACGACCCCACCGACCUGGUGAAGCACUUUAGGAAGUAUCACCUCGGCCUGCACAACCGCACACGGCAGGACGCUGCCCUCGACACACACAUCCUGGCUCUCCACAACAUGGCGCCCCCCCACACACCUCUAGUCAUGCAGGUCGCAGAAGGGCAUAGGAACCAAACCAAAGAGUCUGGCAUGAGCAGGCCGGAGCUCCACCAUCAGCAACAAAGGACGGCGAUGAUGAACGGCACUUAUGACAUCCAGGUGACGUUGGGUGGCACGCUUAUCGGAAUCGGCCGCAAGACCUCCGAUUGCCAGGGCAACACAAAGUACUUUCGCUGCAAAUUCUGCAACUUCACCUACAUGGGCAGCAAUUCGGUGGAACUGGAGCAGCACUUCCUGUCCUCUCAUCCCAACAAAGCCAAGACCCCGCCGGCCACGCCCCUCUCCAACGACGACGGCCAGAGCAAAGGGAGGAGUCCGAUACCGGAUGGGGCGGAGCGAGUGGCGGUCAGAGCGGAGGACGAUUCCCUGGUAGGGUAUUCCAUCCCCAUUCGGCCGGAUUCCUUCGGCUGGCCGGUGGAGGGGGCGCGGGCGUACUACUGGUGCAAGUUCUGCAGCUGGAGCUGCGAGUGGUCCGGAGGCUCGGCCAAGCUUUUAGAACACUAUGAGCAACGGCACAAGAUGAACGUGGCAAGCCCUAACGACUCCAGAAGGGAAGGCGAAAGAGACCACGUUUUGUCCAAAAGUCGCAAGGAUUUGUCAUCCGGUGCCCACCAAGGAGACCCCAACAGCGGCGACGCCGACGCCGUGGUCACCAGCUACAACUGCCAGCUGUGCGACUUCCGCUACUCCAUGGCGCACGCCGCCGACGUGAUCGUGGUCGCUCCCUUGCUGCUGCAUUACCAGCACAACCACUCCAUCCACCGAUGCUGCAUCCAGCACUGCAUGUACUGUCCGCAGGGCCUCUGUCAGCCGCACAAGCACCUGGGGGAGGUGUCCCACCCCUUUGCAUGCCGGAAACCCACCUGUCCAAAAUGUUGCGCCAAAUUCCCUGCGUCCGCCAAACUGCACGACGCGGGCGGCUCCACGCCUCCUCCUCAUCCCAGAAGUGACCCAAGUGUGACGUCAGCGUCUACUGUUCAUCCCUCACACCCCGUUGCCUCGCAAGGCGUCACCCACCUGUGCGACCAGUGCGCCUUCGCCACCGCCGACAUCGACGUGCUACUGCAGCACUACGAUGGCUGCCACAGCCUGAUCAACCUGAAGGGGGGCCCGGCGCACGUGAAGGCCGAGGAACAAGAUGGGGGCGGCAGCGGGCCAGACAAGGAGGCAGGCCAGGAGUACUCUUGCACCAAGUGUCACUUCAUCACCGAAGUGGAGGAGGAGAUCUUCAGACACUACAGGCGUGUCCACGCGUGCUGUCGUUGUCGCCACUGCGACUUCACGGCGGCCGAUUCGUCGGCGCUCCUCGACCAUUUCAACUCGGCCCACUGUCACGACGCCUCGCUGUCGGUAACCGCGCUGACGCCGUCCCUGACGCCGUCGGCCAACGGCUGCUCGGCGCCCUCGACCUUGGCCAUCAAGGAGGAGAGUAAGGGGGAUCUUCGGCUCCUCUACUCGCUGGCGCCGCCCGAGGGACGCCUGGCCGAGGGGGGCCGGGAGGAGAUCGUCAAGAGCGAGGGAGGCGAGGAGAAAGAGAGGGAACGCGAGAAAGGCUGGGUCCUCGGGGAGACGAGAGGCGGCGAGCAGGCCCACGGUCUUCUGUGGGUGCCCAAGGAGCGCAUGGGACCCGACCUCUCCCCGUUCCCCUCACCUCUGUCCGUGGCGUUCGUUUCCGCCAACCAUGAGUCCUCGCAGCAGAAGCGGGCCGGCGGCGUGGCCUCGCCCGGCAUGGUCUACCUUGGAGAUACCAAGUCGUUUUUGGGAGACGCUAAGCUGUACGGUGGCGGGGGGCGGCCGGGUGGAGGUGCCGCACCCAGCGGAGGGGAGAAAAUGAGCCAGAUGACGUCCCAGCAAUACACAAGCGGAGGAGGGAGUGGAGGAGUUCAUGAAGUGAAAGGAGGAGCUGCUAAAGAGGAGUCCCAGUCGCUGCUGCGGCGGCGGAGAGGCAGCGGUGUCUUUUGCGCCAACUGUCUGACGACCAAGACGUCGCUGUGGAGAAAGAACGCAAACGGCGGCUACGUCUGCAACGCCUGCGGCCUCUAUCAGAAGCUGCACUCGACGCCCAGACCUCUCAACAUUAUCAAGCAGAACAACGGCGAGCAAAUCAUCCGCCGACGCACCCGCAAGCGCCUCAACCCAGACACGCUGCCGCCGGAAAACCCCGCCCCCAAGCAGCAGCGCGCCGCCGGCGAGGAACGCGUCAACGGCGACGAGGCGGACAGGAGCUGCGCGUCGGUCAAGAACCAGCAGCAGCAGCCGUCGCCGCGCUCGCGCUCGCCGCGCUCCACGCAGGCCUUUCUGGCCAACCAGACGCUGGAGAUCCACCGCCGCAUGCCGCCGCUGUUGCUCCCGUCGCACCCGCCGUCCUCCGAGAUGGCGGACGCGCUGGCCAAAGUCGAAGCGGGGAAAGGCGGCUCCGGGGGCAGCUCCGAACGAGGGAGUCCCAUCGAGAAGUACAUGCGGCCAUCCAAACCGUCCAGUUACUCUCCGCCGGGCUCGCCCAUCGAGAAGUACCAGUACCCGCUCUUCCCGGUGCCGUUGCCCCUCACGCUCUCGCCGGACUUGACGCCCGAGUCGGACUGGCUGCGCUUCUGGACCAAGUACAAGAUGGCCGCCGCCUCCGGCAUGGGCAACCUCGGCGCCGCGGCCGGUUUAGCUAACAACGCGCACUACCUGGGCGCCAUGGUGGCUCCGGUGCAGCCGCACCACCCGCCGAGCUACGCGGUGCCUUACUGCGCCUCGCCGUACUCGCCGCUCCCGCCGCCGCCCGCCCCGGCCCAAUACCCGCCCCCGCCUCUCCACCCUCAAUCCUCGUCGUCGUCCAUGGAGAGCGAAGCGCCUUUGGACCUCGCCAUACGCCAACGGGACGCCACCGAUUCUGCGGAAAAAAGGAAGCGAGGGUCUCCUUCGUCGGAAAGCCUGAAGGUUGACGAUGAGGAAAGCGGCGCCGGGCGGCGGGCGGAAGACGGGAACCCGUACACCCGCGCCACCGCCGACGUCGCCACCCAGGACGAGCGCGGCAACCGCUGCCUGCACUGCGGGAUCUACUUCUCGGAUGAGGUCAUGUACGCGCUGCACAUGAGUUGUCACGGCGACCGGGAACCAUUUCAGUGCGGCUUCUGCCUGCACGUUUGCGCCGACCGCUACGAUUUCACCACGCACAUACAGCGCGGCUUACACCGCCACUCGGACAAAAAGACGCCGGCGGCAAAGGAUCGGAACGCCGCCGUCGCCGACGUGACGCGGAAGCAUCUGGAUUCGGAGGCCGAACGUCGAGAUUUGGAAACGGAGCGUCCCGAUUCGACGCCGAAGGAUCAGGAUCCGAUGGCCCAAUCGAAAGCGGAGGAAAAAGUCGCAGGCGGCGAUGUCCCCCGCGGUGCAAAAAAAGACAUUUCCUGCGACGACGCCACGGACGAAAGUGAGGAAGGGAGCAAAAUGAUGUCUGACGGCAGCGCGAUGGCGUUCCGGGGCGAUGAAGAGCUGGACAAGGGCAAGGCGGAGGGUCAUUGAUGCCCCCUCGUGAACAUCACGCGCGCUCCCGAAGGCGAGCUGGGCAAAACGCAUCCGAAUGCUGGAAUAGAAAUAUCACCCUGCGAAGUGCCGCUGGGAUGGGAGAAAACUCGCGGAGAAACGAUGACUCGACAGAAACGGUUCUGACGGUAUCAGAGCAGCUUUGCAGCUUUUUACAGCGCUACGACCGGCGUGCGUGCGUUCUCCCACUCAGUCUGCUGUGCAAAAACCAAAUCUGAUUUGGACUCGUGCCGUGUCAAAAGUGGUUCAGCGUGUCUUCUGCUGUUGGGUUCAAACAACAAAAA